UUGCAGGUGGCUCGUAUAUUGAAAGCUACAGACUUGCAGCCAGAAAUAUUAAACCAAACAUCGUUUUAAUUGUCUGGUCUUCCAAUGCGAAAUGACCCAAAGUAGAUGAUUACUUAUCAGGGUUGAGUUCUGCCUCAGAACGGGGAUCAGAUGCUCAGUUAUGAGAGGAGGAGAGAAGGAGGAAGAGGAGGAGGGGAACCAACUUACUGGCACCGCCUGCCAGAUUCACAGCAGAUCUGAGCUUAUCGCAUCAUCGCAUCUAACCAUAAAUUACUGCUUCAGCCAGACAAGGAGGUCUUCACCGAGCCUGCACGGCUGACAUCUCAACGAGGGAGUUACUUCUCAUGCUUUAGAGAUAAACCCUUAUUUUACCUCUUAGCUUCUUUGAUCACCAUCUCUUCUCUCAAUCUCUCUUCGGAACCGGUGGCAUAUUGGGCGCGCUGGAUGGCCGCUGCACCUAACGGACCGGUGUGAACAGUUUUCUUUCUUUAUCCCCCCCACCCCCCUCCAUCCAGCCUCAUCUUCGUUUUUCCUCUGACUCCAAGAGGCUGAGCACAAAACAGGAGCAGAAACAAUGGAAGACCAGGUGACCCAGGAGUCCUGCCCCGUCCCGGAGCCGACGGUUGUGGAUCCCUGGCCGGCCACAGUGCGGAACGGCCAGUGCGCCGCGGAUGGCUUCACCAACCACCAGCAGCAGCAAGCCAAGACCCCCACAGAGCCGGAGUCUUUCACAGUCAACCAGGAGAUGAAGAUUACCGACAAUGUGGACGGAGAAGGUCUUCUUGAGAGCAGCUUGCGCCUGAAGCCCCACGAGGCUCAGAACUACAGGAAGAAAGCUCUCUGGGUCUCCUGGGUCUCCAUUGUGGUCACACUUAUCCUGGCUGUGGCAGCUUUCACUGUUUCCUUCAUGAGACACAGCGCCUCAGCCUUUGGAUUUGCUUUUGAUGCCAUACUGGAUGUCAUGUCAUCAGCCAUCGUCCUUUGGCGCUACAGCAACGCAGCAGCUGUUCACUCUGCACACAGAGAGUACAUAGCGUGUGUGAUCCUGGGGAUUGUGUUUAUUCUCUCCUCACUAUGUAUCCUGGGAAAAGCCAUCCAUGAUCUGGCCACCAGGAUGCCUCCAGAAGUGGAUGACUUCCUCUACAGCGUCUCCAUAGUGAGCGGCCUCUGUUGUGCUGUGCUGGCCGUGGCCAAGUUCAUGCUGGGAAAAAAGCUGACCAGUCGGGCACUUAUUACUGACGGGUUUAACUCGAUGGUUGGAGCAAUCAUGGGAUUCUCAAUUCUCAUCAGUGCUGAAGUCUUCAAGCAGCAUCCCAAUGUCUGGUUUCUGGAUGGCACCAUUGGGGUUUUAAUCGGACUAAUCAUCCUGGCCUACGGAGUCAAGCUCCUGAAAGACAUGGUGCCACGGGUCAGGCAGACGAGGAACUACGAACGCUUCGAAUGAAAGAGCCCGAGGCUAAUCAGAUUAGCAGUUUUAGACACACACACACACCCACCCACACACACCUGGGUGCCUCCUGCCCUCUCCUCUCUCAUCUUUCAUACACUCAUCCACAUACUGCUUGUACAUUCACUAUUACGGCAUACAUCAUGCUCUGUUACAUGCAUAUAUGUGAAUAUACACUUUUGCUGUACAUACUGUACAUAGUGCACUCCGACAUUCAAUUACUCAAGUCUCAGAGACCUUGAGAGAUAAUGACAUUAUUGAAGAUCUUUUCAGCUCAGAGGUUGUUUUUUUUUCCUCUCCUAAAUGCUCCUAAAUGCAUCAAGUUAAAAAUGACAUCCUGGAUGAGGAAGAGGUGAGAUCACAAACUCAAAAGCUAAAGAAGUGCUUUGGGUUUGUUCAGGAAGGCAGAGACGGAUGUCAAUGCAGAUUUUUAUGUUGAUAGUGUCUUUAAAUAAGGUCUUGUGGAAAAAAGAGGGUUUAUCCAUGUAAUUUACUAAAUAAGACAUUCAAUGGGCUUUUUAGAAUGAAGCCUUUCCUUCAUUGUCAAACUCUUGCUCUAAGCAGCCCACUAAUUUACAAACUUUAUCAUUUCAAGUGACUAUUAAGCAGAAGUGUGUCUUUAAAUGUUAAACAGAGGAAAUCUUCUGAGAUUAGCCUCUUAAAUUAUCUCUAAGACAUGAAAACAAGAGGAGAAAACGGUUAAUACUAUAUCUUCCUGAUACAUUAACAACUUUCAGUUAGGUGACUGAGUUAAGAUGAAAGGACUCAUUAAGCACAAACAUUUGCCAUAAAAUGGCGAUGGAGACAAAGUUCAGUGCACAAAUCUGGAACUGUUUUGAUGUUUUUGUUUUCUUUCUGUAAUAAGUUCAAGCACAAAUUAAUGAACCAGCUAUGAUAACGUACAUUUGUUGACUGCUGCUGACAGCUGAUCAUUGAGCCAACUUGGGCCAAACAAAGCCUUGAACAUUUUUUUUUCAUAUAUUGUCAUGUUGAAAUUAAACGUACUUUAAAGAGAUUUUAAGUUAAACAAAACAUAGUGUGUAAUUGUGAAGUGUUCAGAGAAUAUCACUUUUUUUUUAUCAGUACAAAUGUGAAAAGUGUCAUGCAUUUGUUAUCAGCACCCCCAAGUCAACAGAAGCACCAUUCGCUGCAUUUAAAGCAGACUAGUACCAGUAUUGUGUCUUUGACUUUACAGAAAUCCCUCAUGCUGAGUAUGCAUGUG